GAAAGCGAAAGUCCAAUAUGAUAGUGUUGGUGUGGAAAGAGGAAUUCACGGAGCGAGAAUGGUCUCCACGGCACAGUACUUGGGCGGCAGCAAUGGUUUGACUCAACUUCUCGCUCAGCUCAAAUGGAUCCACGCGUAUUGGGACCUCGGGUGUGCAUAAAACGUGCCUUUCUUGGAAUUUACCUGCUGCUGGGAUCUACGUGUUACUCUCAGACCGCAAACACCAGCUGUACUUGCGGAGGUGAGCCUAUCCCUCCGCAACCCAAGACUGAGACCCCAGAUUGCUCCCAGAUGAAAGACCAGAGAUUUCGUUACACAUGUAUCGAGGGAUAUGUGAGGAAAGCAGGGAGCUCCAAUCUUAUCCGGUGUAAAGACAACAAGUGGUCUGACUACAGACUUGUGUGUAUAGUAGAUCCACGGAACCCUCCACCAAAAACAACACCAGUAAGCACUAAACCUCCCACAUCAGCUGUGACUCCAAAUAUCAUCUCCUCAACAGCAGAUCUGGAGACCACCUCCACUGCCCCUCCUCCAUGGCACACUACAGACGGCUCAUUACAAACCACAACACUAUCACGGAGCAGCACAAAGGGCUCAUUAAAAACCACAACACUAUCACAGAACAGCACAACAUCUCCCACUUACGCUGUCGUCUCCUCCAGUACCACCUCUACCAUCGCCCCUCCACACCACAGUUCAGACACACCAAGCACAGCUCCAUCUUCAGUUCCACUGAUCACUCAUUCAUCUUCAACCAUCUCCUCUCCCAUGACCAACCACGGGUCCAGGACGACAGAAACAACUACAUCUCCCAGCAGCCUCUCCAACAGCACUUUGCCCUAUAAAGGGAUAGACCUUGUGGCCACUACCGUCACACCACUUCUAAUACUGCUCAUCAUCGUGGCGGCAUGUGGCGCAGGCUUUUGGUUAUACAAACAGAGAUCAAGAAACAGAACUCACAAACCCCACACUGAAUUAGAAAUAUCAAUGGAGGAAACUGUACCCUUUCAUCGCCAAAAAAAUGGGGAUGUGUAAGGCUGUUUCAUAGGAAUCCCAAAUGUAAACAAAACAGUGUAAAAUAUAGGACUAAAGACUGGUAUAUCUGUAUUUUAUGUCUUUUGCAUCAACAUUCUUGCAUAAUUUAAUCCAAGAAUUACACUAAAGGUUAUUUUCUGGUCAAAAUGAUUGUGGUGAAAAAACAAAAGACUAUAAACUCAUCUGUCAACACAACAAUGACUACCACUGUACAAUUUUUAAGGAUGCAGUGCACUGUGUAACUAUUGUGGUUUGGAGUAUUGCACAAUUUCUAUCUUGUUUUUUGUCCAACUCAAAGUAUUAACUAACUCAUUUCCUUUCUGUGUUUAUUCAAGGAUUUUAGAUUAGUCGCAACACAAGACGUUAAAAGAAUGUCAUGUGCCAGAAAGGAAAUCUUAAGAGCGUUUUCCUUUAAAUUCUUACACAGUUGGAAUUUAUCUCAUUUUCUUAUUGAAGUCAUUUUCCCACCAUAACCACACUCUAACAUCUGUGUAAACAUGCUACAUCUUGUAUUUUAAAUUUACCAGUUUAUAGUCAUUUAGGUGGUGAUUCACUUCAUAAUCCACAACUAGAACACUGUAAAAUCUCAUUUCUCAUAUGUCAGGAUUUAACUGCUGAUCUUUUGCAGAUGUUUGGCAAAAAGAGCAAAGUCUGAUGUUGUCUUGGUUUCCAGUUCAUUGUACUUAACCCGAUGUUGCCCUAAUGUUGUGCUAGGUUUGAAAAUAUUUAAAAUAAUAUAGUAAUUUAGUUGUACUAAGCAUAAAAAGCAUGAAUUAUGAAUAGCAGAAACAACUGGGGUGUUAUGGGAAAGUUUGAAGUUUUUCCAUUUCUGUUGGCUUGUGUCCUUGCUCAUAAUAUUACAUGGUUAAAAACAGGAGUUUUAGUUCAGUCACGUAAGGCCAUGUUCCACAGAUUAUUCAACGAAACAGUGGUGUUUUUUCAGAAGUAUAUAAAAUACUUUCAGUUCUAAAGAGGCUACAGGUGUUUGUCUUUAGAAUACAUCCCUCAAAAAACAAUUAUAUUUUAUAAGGCAGUGGUAGAAAAGUUACUGAUCUGAUAAAAAAAAAGAAAAAAAAAAAAGAAAUGAAAUUACACUAUAAUUUAUACUCUCCAGAGCUCUAACAGUGUCCAGAUGUCGGACUACCUAAACCUGAAACCUUUUUUCUGAACCACUCCUGGACUAAAGAGGGAUUACAUUGUCCCAAAAAAUUUGAAUUUAAAGAAAAAGUUCUAUAUUUUUUGUCACUCACUUCAGAAGUCCAUAUAUCAUAGACCUGUGACACAGAGUGAAGCUUUCAAGCCUUUAUUGACAUUUUGAUGAUUAUGGCUUACAGAUAAUGAAAUCUCAGAAUUCAGUGUCUCAGAAAAUCAGUCAAGUCAUGUCUUUUUUUGAGAUGUACUACUAGUAGUUAGCAGUUCUAGCAGUUUUUUAAAUUUGAACUAUGUGGUUGAAAGUCAUAACAUUUUCACUAGCCCUCUUUGGUAAAGACAUACUACUCUAUUAUAUUGAAGUACGUAGAGUAAAAGUAAGUAAAAUUUAACAGCUGCAUUUACUGUGCAUUAUCAUGUUGGGCAUUGUUUUAACAGAAAAGAGGGAGUCACUGUCUGCGUGUGCCCAUUUAUGUUAUGUUACUGAAAAAAAGAGGAAUAAAGAAAAAACAAAUUUUGUUUAAAGUCA